AGCACGAGUUUGCCUUGGCUUGAUCAGUUCGCUUACUUGGCUCCAGUUGCGGAUUUCGCUGGCUGUCAGCUUUACAACGAUGCAGAUGGGAGCUCUCCAUUUCCUGUGCGCGUUCCAGACAAGCCCAGCUACAAGCCAGGCAAGACCAAUUAA